AUGGGCAAGGAGUGCGACCACGAGUUUUGCCCCAAGCGGGCCCACUACGGAGUCGACGGCACCAAGCGGGCCCAGUUCUGCGCACAACACAGACUGGGAGGCAUGGUGAACGUGCUGGCUCCAAGGUGCGAAACCGAAGGCUGCAAGAAACGGCCGACGUUCGGGAUCCCCGGAUGCAAGGCGGAGUUCUGCUCGCAACACACGCAGGCCGGAAUGAUAGACGUCCGCAACAAGCGGUGCGCGCGGCAGGGGUGCGAGACGAGGUCGUCGUACGGCGAGCCCGGGACGAAGCGGCCAGAGUUCUGUGCGGAGCACGCGCCGGAUACGAUGGUCGACGUCCGCAGCAAGAGGUGCGGGCUCCGAGGCUGCACCAAGGUACCGACCCACGGCGAGGUUGGCUCCACCACCGUGCAGUUCUGCCAGCGUCACGCUACUGCCGGUAUGGUGGACGUUUCCACCAGGCCCUGCGCUCACCAGGGAUGCACGACUCUGCCCUCAUUCGGCAUGGCCUCGACAAAGAAGGCAGAGUUCUGUCCUGAGCACGCGCCGCAAGAAAUGAUCGACGUGCGGGCCAACAGGUGCAGGCACCAGGGCUGCGUCACGUGGCCGUCGUACGGCUUGCCGGGGACCAAGAAGGCCGAGCUCUGCUGCCGGCACUCGAGGGAGGGGAUGGUCGACGUGCGCAGCAAGAAGUGCGUGUUCGAAGGCUGCGGCAAGCAGCCCGCGUUCGGCUUGCCCGGCUCCCGGAGGGCUCUCUUCUGUGCGACGCACGUUCUCGACGGCAUGCAAGACGUCGUCACCAAGAAGUGCACCCACCCGGGCUGCCGAACGCACCCUUCGUACGGCGUACCCGGCUCCCGGAGGGCCCUCUUCUGCGCAAAGCAUGGGCUCGGCGGCAUGAUCGACGUGCGCAGCAGGAAGUGCGUUCACCCGGGGGGCUGCACCAAGCAGCCGGCGUACAGCGUCGACGGCACGAAGGCGGCCGAGUUGUGCGCGCAACACGCGAAGGCUGGUAUGGUCCACAAGCGGUCGGGCCGCUUCUGGCGCGGGUAUCCCGGCGGCCUGGACAUGGAGGCCGUGGCCGCUCGCCUCGCUGCUGCCGCGGGGAGAGAGGAGCGUGACGGCCUCGCCCUGGGCGUAGUAGGGCAGGCUUCCUGGGAAGGCGAGCCCGCGGCCUCCUGGGACGACAGCGGACCUUCCGCGUGGUCGAUCAACCACGCCACGGCGACGGCGGCGGCGGCGGCGGCGGCGGCGGCGGCGCC